AGAUGCACCAUGGGCUGCAUCACAGUCUCUCACCGUGGGUAACUCUGUCAGCUAGAAAAAUACCACAGGACAGGUCCUGGGGUUGCAAUGCAAACCAGUGUCCAUCUGUAUCCAGCUCACAUCAAAGUAGGCGCUGUGAGAAGAGAUCUCCAAAAGAUGUUGGGGGAAGCUCAAUGGACCAUGGCGUGUCCUCGUGUCCCUGCCCUCCUGCUGCUGGUGGUGGUUGGUACUCUCCAGGCUCCAGUCCUGGUCCUUAACGCAUCCAGUGCUCAGGAAGGAGAAGUUGUCCUGGCUCGAUGUGUCUUUCAGAAGCAGUUUCCUGCUACCCGAAUUGUCUUGUGCAAGGAUGGGUUGGAGGUGUACAGUGUGAAGGUCCAAGAGGGAAGGGUCAUGAGCUCCAUGCUGCUGAACAUCACUGAGAGAAGUGCGGGGACAUACACAUGUUUCUACCAGCAGAGGAACACGAAAAACAGGCUGAGGAGCUCUCCCCUCAGCCCUCCCUUGGACCUGCAGGUCACAGGCCUUGUGCCCAGAUCCACGGAAGAGACAGCACAUGCUGGUGAGAGGCUCCCCUUUGGUCCUGUUGACCCUGUCCCUUACUGUUGUCCUCAUCCCUUCCCUGUGUCCCCAUACCAUCACUACAUCCCCAUCACACCCCACUGUCUGCAUCACCCUGCUCUGACCCCAUCACAUUCCCGUGUCCCCAUCCUAUUCAUUAGUCCCCAUCACUCCGCUUUGUCCCCAGACUCAUACACCCCGUUGGACCCCAUAGUCAUCGCUGUGGCACCAGUGGCUGUCACCCUGCUCCUGUCCGCAGCCUCCUGCUGGAUCAUCAAGAAAGGUGCUUGUGGGAAGAGAUGCUGUAGUGCUGAGGGAUCUCCUGCCGACCACGAUUCUUACUGUAAGUUUCAGUCCCUUGCACCCUUCCUUUCUAGGCAUUGAGUACAAUGCAGAGAUGAUCCCAAAUGCUGUAUUUUAAGUCAGGAUUAUCUCCACGUGCUCAUGACAAUCAAUGCUAAUAAAGUUAAUUUUUCAGGAUAUGGUCCCAAUAGUAUUCCGGUAUCAUGUCUCUAAACCUCCUUGACAAAUAUGGUCUCAUUCUCUUCACCCUGCUAUACGGUCUCCACUCCUGUAGCUGACACUGCUGGGAAUUAACAAAUGCUUCACUUUCAAACUCUGCACUGAGCGGAUAGUGUAUCAGAGGAAAUGUGUCUGUUCAGAGCACUUUUUUGUGUGAGGACAAUU